AUGAUCUUCAACAAGUUUUGCGCUGCCCGGCCUCAUUACUUGCUCCUGACGCAAAAUGGACACCGACGACAGCACGAGAGCCUGAAUUUCGACGACUUUGGUACUUUGUGGGGGGUAUUGUCGGUGUUGAACAAAGACUGGGAAGCGAAGAAGCCUGGCGCCAGGCGGUACAUGGGAAUGUUCAAUUGUGGAAUCGAUAGCGGGUGCAGCAGGUUGCACAAGCACAUGCAAGUACUUGCAGUUCCAGAUGAGGCCGAGUUUGGACUGUGGCCGGACUCGGCUUCAAAGUACGAGGAACCAAAGUGCAUUCCGUUCAAGUACUACAAACAUGAUAUUGAUGGGCGUUUGGAUGAGCUCUCCAGAGAAAGAGAGGCCUGGGAAAGGUAUUUCGAGUUUACAGCUGUUGCGCAAGAAGCAUUGAUGAAGGCAGGUCAUAUCCCAAACGCGCCGGAUGGGGUUGAUGCUACCGAGAUAGUUCCACACAACAUUAUUCUUACGCGGGAGUGGCUCCUGGUGAUCCCGAGAACCCAAGCUGGAAUGAACGGAGCUGAUGCUAAUGCUGCAGGGUAUUUGGGCAUGGUCUGGGUAUCGGAUGAAGGCAGGAUGAGGAAGUGGACAGACCAAGGCCCUGUCGAGUUGCUAACGCGUCUGGGCUUACCCAAAGACAUCUGA